AUGCCUGAAAAACUGGGUGUGUACGCUGCGCCAAAAUCGCAUUCAUUUAUUAUUAUUAUUGCUCGAAUUCAUUAUUUAGGUAAACUUCAAAAAAUAUCGUAUUCAGAUACAAAAAUUAUUGGAUGUUCAAAUUGGUUUCAAUUAUUAGCGGAUCUAAAACAAAAAGCUAGUUUAUCAAUGAUCAGUGAAUAUUGUAAAAAACGUCUCGUUGAAUUUACUCCAAUACAAUUGAAAAAAAAGGGCAGCGUGCUGAUUACUCGAGGUAAGUUACAUAAACAACACGAAGAAAAAAUGCGGUAUCUUCGUCUUGAUGCACAUAAUUUGUACUUUAUAUAUAGAAGAAUAUAUCGCGAUCUGAUGUUAAAAAAUGUUAACUUAAUAAAACAGUGGCAUGCGUUAAGUUCACAGUUGUGUUUGAAAAUGAGUAAAAAACAAAAGCAAAUGGUAAUUGAUGACAAUAGUGGUGAAGAAAUAGAAAACGAAGAGAGCGAUAAUUAUCCUCGAACUGUAUUAGAGAAAUUUGCUCAAUGGACAGCAAAAAAACAUGCUGAAGAACAGUAUGAGCAAGAGAAUACCGUUAAACUGAGUAAACAAAAGCAAAUGGAGAUCGAUCACAACAGUAGUGAAGAAAUGGAAACUGAAGAGACCUAUCCUCGAAGUGUCUUAGAGAAACUGACUGAACAGGCGGCAAAGAAACGUGAAGAGCAGUAUGAACAAGAGAAUACCAUUAAAUAUAGUCCAAAAAAAUGUGAUAUAUUCGUAUGUAAUUUGCCGUGGAUGGUACGUGUGGCUGAUGUUCGAAAAAAAUUUCGUACCUAUGGACAUGUCCAAGUUCUUAUGAUGAGCCUGGAGGAAAAGCAUCAUCAAAAUUUUGAAGAAGAAGAAUUCUCUGGAAUGGCAUUCAUGACAUUCAGACAGAAAGACAGUAUCGAACGGCUUAUGAAUGAUCAUCGAAACAAUCCAAUUAAAAUGGGUGAUAGAAUAUUAAAACUCAAACGAUGGUUAAACAAAGACUAUAAAAUUGAAGAUAGUUUAAUUGUGUCCAAUCAGAUAACUGUAUAUUUUAAUCAUACUGUUUCAAAUGAACAAAUUGAAAAUAUCUUUAAGCAAUUUGGUCGAAUUAAAGCGAUUUGUUAUAAUAAGAAAUUGUUGACAGCUGAUGUUACGUUUGCUUAUUAUGAUUCAGUAGAUCGCGUUUUAUUAUGCUUGCCACUCGAUCCAUUUCAUGUUAAACAUACCGAAAAAAAAAUUGAUUUAUAUUGCAAAGAUGAUCAACGAUAUAUAGAUUUAAGAACCGCUAUUCAAUAUGCGAAGGAGACAAGACGCAUAAAGAGAAGAAGAACAUGA